CAAACCUCUCAUCUGAAAUCUCACGCUCAUUCCGUCCUACAGUCAUUACUCUUACCAAGUGUUUCUCUCCAAAAGCACAGCUUGAGAGAUAACCCAUCACGUACCGAGUACCGCCGGACGGUAAACACCUGAAACGUCUUUUUUUAUCAUCUUUUCACUCCCGAUCGUACCUUUACCGCAAAUAGGAAGAUUGGUAGGACUUGGGUUACCGCCUCUGUCCCCCAAUCUUUACCUUACGACCUCCAUCACUCUCUUCAUUUUCUCCUUAUCGACCUAUUGCCUGAAUCACUUGACGACAUAGCUACUAGACUACGCUCAGACCAUUUCUCUCUUUCUCUCCUCCUUUCCUUCCUUCCGAACGAACCACAUCCCUCCCCAAUUUCGACAUCCAUCAAACCUCGAACAUCGAAUCUCGACGCUGGCGUUGAGUCACAACGUAUACACACGACUCCAUUGUGUCUUCCCGACCCCCGAUAAAGGUAUCGUAUAUAAUCUUGAGCAAACAGUUGGAAAGGGGUGAGACGAGAUGUGUUGCGAGGCAGAUUGGAAGAGAGAGGCUGUACCGGAUCAUAAGUUCGACUUUAUCAACGUUCGCGAGUUUCAUAGAACGGAUAUUCUAACUAGGUUAAAAUACAUCCUUCGGUAUAUCUGGCUUCUGAAAUCUAUCGCUGUCUACGGAUUGGAUGUUUUUACCGCUGUCACUCUGAUCUCUACUAAUCACUGGACCAACUCCAUCCAGUCCAAAUGUGGAGACGACUGUGCUAUCCCGGUCAAAUUUGAAAUCGCUAAAUGGGUAUUCGUUGGGUGUAUCAUCUUCUCAUUUGUGCUCCUCGCGUAUGAAACAUGGAAAGCCAAACAGGUUAUCGAAUCUCGUGACAUCUCAUACGCUUUCACGAAUCUCUUGGCGAAUGACUACUACUCUUUCAAAUCAUAUGACAAUUUCUGCUUGUUCUGCUAUAUCGAUGCUUCUGCCAAACGUAAAGACGACUUUGCCUUUUGGAUCUUCUUCACUUUCAAAGGAUGGAAACGCCUUAUCCUCGCCGACGGUCCUCGACAAUCUAUAAACGCCCUUCUGCUCUACAGUUUCGCCUCUGCCAACAAUUUCGAAACCGACAACAUCCCUGCAUACUGGGACGAUUCCGUCGUCACCGCCAUGCUUUUAUGGUCUAUGAUCCUCACCGUUCUUAUCUUUUUAGGCAGUUUAGUCUUGUUGAUCGCUGCUGCGGUUCUCUACAUCCCUUUGCUGUGUUACAUCCAGGGCAAUCUGAAAGAAUACGUGUGUUAUAAGGUCGACAAGCGUAUCGCAGAACUUAUCAAAAAGAAAUUACGUCAACGUGUGGCUCGGCAUGCUGCUCUGGAGAAGAAAAUGGCCAAUGGAGAAUUUCGUAAUGCAAAAGGAGAGAUUGUAUCUGCUUCUGUGCCCCAACCUACUCUGCCGAACGUCUCGUUGGAUGACGAUGAUGAUUAUUCAAGGGCCAAGAGGAAGGCAGAUAAAGCUGGAUUGCAAUUACCUGAGAAAGCGGCAUAUGAGGGGAUAUAUCCUGGCAAGCGUGGGUUUUCUCUUCGCCGUUUGAUGCUUUACCAGCAACUCUUCCCUCUUUCUCCACACUUGAAACUCGAUCCAUUCCUUCAUGUUCACUCUCAUUCCUUCUCCGUCUCCAGCGCUUGUGAUUUCCUCUUCAGACGAACAUUCGAAGAAUCAUAG